AUGUCAUUUUUUAUUAGAAAUAAGAAAGGCGCCGCAGGAGUUAAAAGAAAAUUCACCAGUCAGGGGAAAACGAAAGGAAAGAAAAAAGUUAUACGUAAAUCUACAGCGGAUGACAAUGAGAGUAUUGCUAGUACAGAUGAAGAAUUUGCAGAGACAAAUCAGAUACAUGAAGGAUAUGCAAGUGAGGAAGAAAUAGAAGAGACUGCCCAGGAGAAGCGUGUAAGGCUUGCUAAGAAAUAUCUUCAGCAAAUUGAAGAAGAAGAAAAAAAUAGAGCAGAAUUUGAAGAGGGGGCAGUAACAAAAAGGCUACACGAAGAAUAUUUGGAAGAAAAAGGAAGGUUACGAAAAACUGUAGCAUCAAAUUAUAUCAAUCAUGAUGAACCAAUUGUUUUGAGAUGUAAAGAACAUAAAAGUUCAGUUACUUGUUUAUGUCUCUCUAGCAAUGGGAAGUUUUUGUAUUCUGGCUCAAAGGAUGGUAGUUUAGUUAAAUGGUCCUUACCAGAAAGAAGUAAAUUGAAAGUCAUUAAAGGGAAAAGAAAAACACAGGAUGGACUGAAAUAUGUACAAUGUUUGGCAAUUAGCACUGAUGGUAAAUUUUUGGUAAUAGGAGAUAGAGGUUGUAAGGAGGUUAAGGUAUUUUGUGGAGAUUCCUUAAAUCACAUAAAGAAUUUACGAGGCCACAGGGGUAGUGUUACCGGUUUAGUUUUCCGUAAAGACACACAUACACUAUAUUCUGCUUCCGAGGAUAGGUGUGUAAAAGUAUGGAAUUUAGACGACAUGGCAUAUGUUGAAUCUUUAUUCGGACAUCAAAGUGGUAUUACGUCGAUUGAUGCACUUGCACGAGAACGGGCUAUCACUAGUGGCGGUUUCGAUGGUACAGUUCGAAUUUGGAAAAUCGUAGAAGAAUCGCAACUUAUAUUUAAUGGACAUGGCAGCAGUAUAGAUACUGUGAAACUUAUAAAUGAAGAAAAUUUCUUUACUUGUGGAGAUGAUGGACAAUUAUGUGUAUGGGGUUGUUUAAAGAAAAAGCCUUUGUGCGCAGUACCAGUCGCACAUGGAAAAGACGAAGCUAAUAAUCAACCAAUGUGGAUUUCGAGCAUAGCUACUUUACUCAAUACAGAUCUAGUUGCAUCAGGAUCACGAAAUGGCGUUAUCAGAUUAUGGCAAUGUGGCGAUUCCUUCAGAUCGUUGAAUCCAUUAUUUGAAAUUCAAUUAAUAGGAUUUAUAAAUGCAUUGUGUUUCACAUCAGAUGGAACACAUCUUGUAGCUGGAGUUGGCCAAGAACACAGGCUUGGAAGAUGGUGGCGUAUACCAGAAGCGAAAAAUAGUAUUGUCAUAAUACCGUUAAUUCAAAGACAAAAUAAAUAA